UGCUUUUAACUAUCGAUAAUAACAAUCGUAUUAGCACAUGUUUUGAAAACAACAAUUCUGGUGCAGGAUGUUUAAUAAUACAAAUAUGAUUCAAGCACUAUCGAAGUCAAAUAGAGUAAAUAUUAAUGUGUAUCUCAAUACUGACGAUGUCCAUCACACCAUCGACAUGGUGUCUCAUACCCAGUAUUUAAAUGCGCUACUUUCCGAAGCGAAAACAAGGGCAAUUGGAUUGCGUUUCCUUAUUGUAUGCUUGAAUAAGUAUCCACAAAAUGUUCCGCAAAAUAAAGCGAAUUUUUGGAUAAAUAUUAUUUUAAGAGCAUGCAAUAAAAAGGAAAUUAAUUUAUAUGGAGAGCUUAUCUAUGAAGCUUUGGCAUUGCUCGUCCGGAAUUUCCAAAAUGAGGCCGACACGUCGAAAUGGUUUGGAUCUACGCAUCUAUUAAAAUUGUAUGGGACUUUGAGUCUUAUUACAGAAAACUCAAGAAUGUGCUGUACUAUCUCCGCAUUAAAAGCAAUAAAAGAAUGUGUAAAACAUUAUCCUGGACAUAGUAAAGCUGCGAGAAACUUAGUAAUACAAUAUUUAAUUGGCAUAUUAGACAUCAGCAACCAAGAUGUGGUUUAUCUUAGCGGUUGUUGUUGGUUAAUGUUACAACAAGAACGGACAAAUGCCAACACCGCUGGAAAUUUGCAUGAAAGAAUGCAAUGGCAAAACUACCAAAUGGGAAUACUGAACAAUUUAAACAUCCUUUUAAAUCAAGUAUUCCCCACGUAUACAAAUGCUUAUUCAACUUGUUCGACUUCUGAAACGCACAAAUUCGAGUACUUUAUGGUUAAAUUACAUGCAGACCCCAUUGAAAGAGCAUCACAGGUGUGCAGGCGCUUUAGUAAUUUGAUUGAAUUUCUUAAAAUAGCGUUAAGUUAUCCCUAUCCUUCAAAUAAACUAAUAAAUUCAACGAAAAUAUUGCAUCUGGUUCAAAGAGGAUUAGGAUUGAGUUACAUAAAUUGUUUUGGCAAUACAUUCCUUGGAUACCUUCUACCUCAUAUUCAUACUAAGUUGAUAGAACUUUUGGAAGUACUAGUUGCUAUCUGCCACACUCAACUAAGGAUGCAUUUCCGAUUGAUAACAGAAGUUCUACAGGUGGCCUUGAAGAGCACAAGAGGGUCAACACAUGAUGAAUAUCAACAAAAAUUUUAUUCUCUGAGAAUAAAAGUUUAUGAUGCCAUUAUCUUAUGGCUUUCCAUAUUUGUUGAGGGAAGCGGAUAUGAUUUAAUGAUAGAUAACCUUAUUGAAAAUAUACUUGAAGAUAUAACGAUUAGUCAAACAAAAUCCAAACUUAUAACUAAAAACAACGGCACAGAAGGGAUGUACGUUAACACAAACAAAGCAUUAGUUUGUCGACAAGCGUUACGUUGCUUACAAACGGUUCUUGUUUCAUUUGGAUAUUUAUUAAAACCUUCUUUAUUAAAGGAUUUGUUCAACACACUAUUGGAAAUAGCUGUCGGUAUUUUUGAGAAUUCUACCAUUCUACAACAUCCUUAUAAUGACUGGCUCUGUCGUUUGGAAAUAUAUAAAUCUUUAUUCACAUUUACUAAAUUGCGAAAUCUUCCUUAUCCUCCACCCAUGGAAAUAUAUUUGCACAUAUUAAAUGAAUCUUACACAAAAGAUCCAUGCUUAAAAUUACGCACCAUUUCCAAACAUAUGAUAAAGUCAAUUGAAACAAUUUUACAUUCGCAAAAAGAAAGCUUAAUUUUUCAGCUCCAUGUUGAAAACAUGCCGAACGUAAAAUUUCAAUUGUUUAAACGACAAAGCAACGGAGAUAUAGAAAAAAAUAUUAGCCAUGAAGAAACAAUCGAAAGUUCUGAAUCAAAAAUCAUUAUUUCCAAUAACGAAAUCUGUACUGAUUUUAUACCGACACAGAAAAUGCAUAAAUCAAGGGAAAUAAUUUUUGAAAAUCAACAUAAUAUUGAUUGCCACAACGAGCUACAUUUAGUAGAACUUUUUAAUAGUAAUCAACAUAUUAAAACACCUUCGAAUCAGAAAAGUAAGGACUCAUACGACGGAGAGAGCUUUAAUAUAUGCGAAAGUAAAUGUGAUGAUGAUCAGUAUAUUGCUGAACUUGAAGCAGCAUUUGUCGAUGAACUUAUAUAGUUGAACGGUAAUCAACUGUUUCCCACAAAAAAAGAGAUUCCACUUUUUAAUGAAUUUCAUUCCGGUGAUUUCAACAAUUUUUUUUUU